AUGAGACUUCUUACCUUUUUCUUAUUUGCAGCACCUCUCCUCGCCCACCCUACAGUGAAUGCUGAUGAGAAGGCACAACUCCAGGAAAGGGCACCUUCUUUCGAAUGGACUGCAUGGGGCGACUCAUAUGCCUCUGGUGUUGGCUCUGGAAGCUACACUUAUGGACGCCGGUGUCUACGCUAUGACCAAGCUUACCCCGUUUUGAUCGAAGAUGACCCAGAUAACCUGCUAUCUGGAUCAGGAGGCACGUUUAACAACGUCGUCUGCUCCGGGGCUAAAGCUGAAGAGGUAGAGGAAUACCAGUUCUAUACGGAAGAUCAAGACUCUGGUCAACCCAACUGGCAAUUCUAUCCAAGGCCAAGCAGUGGUAAACCCACGAUGGGCACACUCAGUGUCGGCGGAGAUGACAUUGACUUUCCAGGCAUUUUGAAUAAUUGCAUCAUGGAUGGAUUUCCAUGGCCUUUAAGUUCAGGUUUCACACAGCGUACUUGCGACGAGCAGAGGGAUCUAUCAUGGUCUUUGAUUUGUCAAGACGGGGACAAAAACACGCCAAGCAUUGAUUUGAUAUCCAAGAUAGAUUCAGUGAUCAAAAAGAUCGUCCAAUAUGGCCAGAGUGCAAGCGGUAGUAGCUUUCGACUUUACGUGACUGGUUAUGGUCGAUUUUUCAACGAUCAAGACACCGGCUGCGAUACUGUGACCUUUGCGAGAACAGCAAACCCUAACCCUGAUCGCCAGCAGCACACUUUGUUGACUACGGACUUGCGUUCCGACUUCAACGCGAUGAGUCUGACGUUGAAUGCUGCGAUUCAACAGGCCGUUAACCAAAAUAGUGGAAGCAAUGUUAAGUAUGUUGACAUCGACGGCUUGAUGGGAACAGGACACCGCUUCUGCGAGCCAGGUAUCCAGGAACCAGACCAGAACAACCCUAACCUGUGGUUCUGGCACUAUCCUUACAACCAGAAUGACGAUUCGACGAACCCAACCAUCGCAUAUUUGAACAGCGUUGAGCAGAACAACGUCAACACCCUCGCCUGGAAUCAAAGUUCGACACUUUGGACAGACUAUCUCGCUGAUUUCUGGACAAAGGUUGAUUAUGACCAGCUGAAUCGGACAGUAGGUGACAACGCGACUGCCCAGUUAGAUAUUUGGCCAGAUGUCAUUGGCUACCGCGCGAAGGUGUUUCAUCCACAAGUGGCUUUUCAUCAGGCCAUAUACAAAGCAAUCGUAACACAGUAUAUUUCAGACACUAAGCCCUCCUAUGCCAAAGGCACAUGUUGCUUCCAUCUCGAUGAGUGGGAAAACUGCAACCCGGAAUCAGAUGAUUUGUAUGCAAAUAUAACCCUUCUCGAUAACAACAAGAAUGUCAUAUACCAGACGCCAGGGUCAGAUUUCCAAAAUGGCGAUCUGGGUGACCCAAUCAACGUUGGCAACGGUACUACUGUACAAGGCCCUCUCCCCUAUUCACUCGCCAUCACUGGGGAACAUGAGCAUGACUAUAUUCAGUUUACCUAUGGAAGUCUGAGCUGGCAAAGCAAAGAACCGAAUGGAGGAGCACAAUGUACCGUCGGCGGUUGGAAUCCUCGUGACGGACCUGAGUGUGAGAUUAUCGACUACGCCGCAGCGGAGAACCAGAUGGAUUGCUGUUUCCCAUGUUAG